CUGGCUCGCGGGGUGGCUUUUGAGACUGGAAGAGCCGUUGCUGCUAUAGCCGAGAGAGAGAGAGAGGGAGGGGAAAACAGAAUAGCGAGGCCUUCUGGCUGACACUGAGGGAGGACAACCAACGACGACGACAGCGGCGUUCGCUGAGGUGAAGCGAGGCUUCGCUUCCCGCCUCGCUCCUGAGGAGGAGGAGGAGGAGAGACGGCGACUGAAGGCAGCUGCCCGGGAAGCCGCAGCAGCCGCCUCCGCACCUGUCUCGCACUCCCGCCGGCCAGACGGAGAGAGAGAGAAAGAGGGAGGAGGAGGAGGGCGGCCGUAGUGGGUGUAGCCGGCGCCGAGCACCUGGCCCCGUCCCCCGCAGCCGCAGCCGCUCCUCCUCCUCCUGCCGCCGCCGCCUCCUCUCUCGCCCGCCAGCCCGCCUUCCUCUCUCCCUCCGUCGGCCGCCUCUCAGGGGAGUCCGCGCCGCGGCGGCAGGAGUGGCAUCAGGGCAAGCAGCAGCAGGGCGAACAACAACAGUGUCAAGGCAGGCCGGGAAGCUGCGGGCGGAGCCGUUUCGCCGGGAGAGGAAUAUUCUUUCUCUCUCUCUCUCUCACACACACACACACAGAGACACCCACAAGGUCCCUUCUUAAGCCGCCGCUGACAUAGUUGCUGAGAGGUUUCUGCUUCUCAAGCCGAGGGGGGGGGCGGUGGUUGUUUCGGGCGGCGGUGCAGAAGUAACGAGGGGCUGCCGCUCUCUGCCGCAGGAGCCGGAGGAGAGGAGCUGGAGCCUCGGCCAGGGGGGGCAGGAUGAACCCCAGUGUCACCUACGCCAGCCGCAAGCGGCGGAAACCCGUGCAGAAAAUAGUGAAACCUUCACCUCCUGAAGGAGCCAAGUCUAAUCCAUCGAAGAGGCAUAGAGAUCGAUUGAAUGCAGAGUUGGAUCGCCUGGCUAGUCUCCUGCCAUUCCCUCAUGAUGUUAUUGCCAAGCUGGAUAAACUGUCUGUGCUUAGGCUCAGCGUUAGUUACCUAAGAGCCAAAAGUUUCUUUGAUGUUGCACUAAAAUCAUCCAGUUCUGCAAAGUCUGACAGAAAUGGUAUUCAAGAAAGUGGCAGAACUAUAAAACCUAGAGAGACCAUGCUAGAAGGAGAACUUUUACUACAGGCAUUAAACGGCUUUGUGCUGGUGGUCACAUCAGAUGCACUCAUAUUUUAUGUUUCUUCUACAAUCCAGGAUUACUUGGGUUUUCAGCAGUCUGAUAUUAUACACCAGAGUGUAUUUGAACUAAUUCACACGGAAGACAGACCAGAAUUCCAGCGCCAGCUUCACUGGGCUCUGAACCCCGUACAUUCUACAGAUUCUGGACAGAUAAUGCAAGGUGAUAAUGGCUUUUCACAGUCCGCAACAUAUUAUAACCCAGAGCAGCUACCUCCAGAGAAUUCCUCUUUUAUGGAACGAAACUUCAUCUGUAGAUUACGCUGUCUCUUGGAUAAUUCAUCUGGGUUCUUGGCCAUGAAUUUUCAAGGGAGACUAAAGUUUCUCCAUGGACAGAACAAGAAAGGAAAGGAUGGCGCUUCUAUAUCCCCUCAAUUGGCUUUGUUUGCAGUGGCUACUCCUCUUCAGCCUCCAUCCAUUCUUGAAAUACGUACCAAAAACUUCAUCUUCAGAACUAAGCAUAAGCUAGACUUCACACCUACAGGAUGUGAUGCAAAAGGACGAAUUGUGCUGGGUUAUACUGAAGCAGAACUCUGCAUGAGAGGAACAGGAUACCAGUUUAUCCAUGCAGCUGAUAUGCUUUAUUGUGCUGAGAAUCAUGUCCGAAUGAUAAAGACUGGAGAGAGUGGUAUGACUGUGUUUCGACUUCUUACCAAAGAAAAUCGAUGGGCCUGGGUUCAAGCAAAUGCACGCCUGGUUUACAAAAAUGGGAGACCAGAUUAUAUUAUUGCUACACAGAGACCUCUUACAGAUGAAGAAGGGGCAGAGCAUUUACGGAAGCGGAACAUGAAGCUGCCCUUCAUGUUCGCGACAGGUGAGGCUGUGCUCUAUGAAGUGAUGUUUCCGCCGCCUGGCUUAAUGGACUCUUCUCAGGCAAAGGUUAAAAGCAGCAUUGGGAAAGGAGCUUCUUCUAAGACUACACUGCGCAAAGAAUCUGUUGAUCCCAAUUCACUUCUGGGUGCAAUGUUGCAGCAAGAUGAAUCUGUGUAUCUCUGCCCACCUGCUCCAAAUAAAAUUUCCUUUGAGAGGAACCUUUUUGCGGACACCUGGGAUGAACUGGGUAGCAUGAUGGCCUCUGAUUGGCAGGAUAAUGUUUUACCAGUGAGGAAUAACAGCAUUCUGAAACAGGAGCAGACUGAGUGCCCCCAGGAAAGCAACUUGAUGCUUCCUGAAGACAGCGUGGGACUUUUUCAGGAUAACAAAAACAGUGAACUGUACAACAUCAUGAAAACUCUGGGUGUUGACUUUGAAGAUAUAAAAUGUUUUCAGCAGGAUGAAGAGUUUUUUAAAAACGAACUUUCUGGGGCAGAUGAUAUUAGAGACAUAGAUAUAACUGAUGAAAUCUUGACCUAUGUUCAGGAGUCUUUAAACAAGUCUGACCUCUUGUAUUCGGGUUGCCAGCAGCAACAGCAGCCCAUGGUUCAGAACUCUACUUGUUUAAUGCAGCAGCAACUGGAGCAGCAACAGAAGCAGCAGCCAGGGGUGGAGCAGCAGCAGCAGCUGUGUCAGAAGAUGAAGCACAUGCAGGUCAAUGGGAUGCUCGCAAACUGGAACUCUGUCAGCAGCAUGCCCCUUAACCCUUCACAGCAACAGACACAGCCAUAUGCCUUUUCCGGCAUGCAAGAAGUAACUCAGGAGUUCCCUUACAAAUCUGAAGUCAACACAGCAACAUACGCAUGUAGGCAGGAGUUCAUUCCCUACAAGCAGCCCACCAGCAUGGUGUCACAGCUUUCAGAUUUUACGCAGAUAGACUUCCCAGUAGGAAGCUUUGACAGAUCAUCCUAUUCAGGGUCUUCUGGUCUGGAGGAUUUUCUCAGCUGUUUGCAGCAGGUUCCCGAAAGUCAGCCUUGUGGAAUAAACUCUCAGCAAGUUAUAGUAACUCCACAGACGUGCUAUGCAGGUGCUGUGUCAAUGUAUCAGUGUGUAUCUGAAACUCAACCAAACAGCACAGAACAAAUGCAGUAUAAUCCUGUGGUAUCCGGACAGCAAGCAUUGCUAAGCAAGUUCCAGAAUAGUUUUAAUGGAGGAAAUAUGAAUGAUGCAUAUCCACCGCAAUUAGAUGUUGUCAACACCCAGCCUGGAACACAUCUCCAGCCUCUUCAUCAUCCAGCAGAACCCAGAUCUUUCUCUGAUUUGGCAUCCAGUGGUUUUAUGUAGUUCAAGAACAAAGUCAUAUAGAGAAAGAGAUCAGGACUGGAUUAUUGAACAGAGAUUGAAAAUCAUGUGUGGUUGCACUUAAAACGCAUGCAUAUAGGAUUUGUCAUCCCAAACCUAAUAUUUAUAGGUGGAAGUUGGAGCUGUAAUCGUGGCCUAAAAGUGUGCACAUGUAAUUUUCAGUGAGAGUGAAAAUAUGCACUAUUGCAAUAUUACUGCAUCACAUUGUAGAACAUAAGAUAAGGCAAAUGGUUUUAUGUUUAGCAGAUAAAAUGGGCACUUUUGACAAUCUUAUUUGGAAUGGUAUAAGAUAGUUAAUCUUAGAUUAUUUUAGGCCUUUUAAAAAGCCAUGUUCUAAAUAGAGGAGCAAGUGAAGCACUCAAUUUUUUAUGUCUUUCCCGCAGUUAACUUUAUUUAGUAGUUUUUCAGCUUAUCCUUUUACUUUACAUGUCAGGUUCUAGCACUUUAGUAGAAGGUUUAAUACAAGGGUUUGAUACACAGUUUUAGGUUUUGUACAACCAAAUCCAUUGCAUUCCUCCUUUACAGUUAGCCUUAAGUGCCUCACAACUUUGCUACCUUAUUUCUGAAAGGAGGAAAAAGGAAAAAGUUAGGAAAAAGGAGAUUCACUGUAAGAACAAAUCAUAUUUACUUUGUGACUAUUCAGUGAUUACUUAGGUUUGUUUUUAAAAACCUAGAGACCUAUAAGCAGUGUAUUCCUUCUCUAUUAAAUGUAUAUUGUUUUUCUUUAGAAUUUGAUAUUAUUCUGUAUGUGCUGAGUUUUUACUUUGUUAAAAGACUGGGAUUUUUGAUUUUGUGUUUUGUUGCGUUUCUGCAUUCUUCAGGUAGAACAGGGUAAAAACAGAAACAUUUUAGGAGAAAAUUGUCUCUUCGGGAUUAGCUCUGAAUUUCAAAUACUGAAAACAUGUGCCUUAUCUUGUGUUACAACACUUGUCGAAUGGUCUCUUUAAAAAAAAAAGUACAAGGCUGCUCUAUGCAAAUACUUCCAUUUAAAGUGGUUAUUGAGAUAGGUUAAUUUUAAAA